AUGACUAAGAAAACUCCAAAUGAUCGAAGUCUUACAAUAGAAAAUUUAAAUCCUCGAGUUAUUGAAGUUGAAUAUGCUGUUCGAGGUCCUAUUGUAAUUCGUGCUGCUGAAAUUGAAAAGCAAUUAAAAGAAGGUAAUCAUAAAUAUCCAUUCGAUCGUGUUAUACGUGCUAAUAUUGGAGAUUGUCAUGCUAGUGGUAAUCAAGUACCUGUUACAUAUAUUCGUCAAUUGGUUGCUGGUUGUACGUAUCCACCAAUAAUGAACUCAAAAGAUUUUCCGUCAGAUAUUAAACAAAAAGUUGAACGUUUAUUAUGUUCAUGUGGUGGAAAAAGUCUUGGUGCAUAUACAGAAAGUCAAGGAAUAAUGACAAUAAGAGAAGAUAUUGCAAAUUAUAUUCAAGAACGAGAUGGUUAUCCUGCUAAUGCAAGUGAUAUUUAUCUUUGUAAUGGAGCUUCGGAUGGAAUUAAAACAGUACUUAAACUUCUUAUGAAUAAUGAUGCAAAAAAACCAUCAGGAAUUAUGAUACCUGUUCCACAAUAUCCAUUAUAUAGUGCUACUUUAUCGGAAUAUGGAGCUUAUCAAAUUGAAUAUUAUCUUGAUGAAGAUAAUAACUGGGCAUUGGAUAUAGAUGAAUUAGAACGUGCAUUAAAUGAAUCGAAAGAUCGUUGUGUACCACGUGGUAUUGUUAUAAUUAAUCCUGGAAAUCCAACAGGUCAAGUUCUUUCACGUGAAAACAUUAAAAAUAUUAUUUGUUUUGCUAAAAAACAUCGCUUAUUUAUUUUGGCUGAUGAAGUCUACCAAGAAAAUGUUCAUUUAUCCGAUUCAAAAUUUUUUUCAUUUAAAAAAGUUUUAAUGGAUCUUGGACCACCUUAUAAAAAUAUGGAAAUGGCUUCAUUUCAUUCAGCAUCAAAAGGUUGGCAUGGCGAAUGCGGUUCUCGAGGUGGUUAUUAUGAAUUAAUUAAUAUUGAUAAUGAUGUCCGAAUGCAAGUUAAUAAAUUAAUAUCUGCAUGUUUAUGUUCAACAGCAUGGGGUCAAUCUGUCAUGGGAGCCAUUAUAAAUCCACCAAAACCUGGUGAACAAUCCUAUGAAUUAUACAAUAAAGAACGUACAGAAGUUGUUAAUCAAUUAAAACAUAAAGCUGAUCUUGUUAGUAAAUUAUUUAAUUCAAUUGAAGGUGUCAAAUGUAAUCCUGUUAUGGGUGCAAUGUAUGCUUUUCCACGUAUUGAAAUACCUGAGAAAGCAAUUGAACAUGCUAAAUCAAAACAAAUGGCACCUGAUGCAUUUUAUUGUUUUCAAUUACUUGAUAAAACUGGUAUAUGUGUAGUACCUGGUAGUGGUUUUAAACAACGACCUGGAACACAUCAUUUACGUACAACUAUUUUACCACCUGUUGAUCAAAUGAAAGAUAUGGUUGAAAAAUUUCGAGCAUUUCAUAUAGAAUUUUUAAAUGAAUGGAAGUAG